GAGCGGGCGGCGGCGGCAGCGGCGCCGGUGACGGGCCCCGGAGGCCCGGCGCGGUGGCGUGUGCGCGCGGAGGGGCGUGCUCGCUCCCCGUGGCGGCCAUUGCCCUUGCCGCCAUGAUGAGCGCUCGGGCUCCAGGCGCUCGGCGGCAGCGCCACCUUCCUGCCUUGCCUCCCGCAGCCCCGUGACUGGCUGCAGUUUCUGCUGCGUUUCAGCUGAGCUGCCGCAGGCGGCCACCGCCGCCGCCCGGACGCCGGGACCGUUUCACCCUCAGCGCCCCCGGCCCUGCGCCUUCCCCCGCGCCUGUAGCCACCCGAGGGCAGUCGGGGCAGGUGGCAUUCCGGACACCUGGGCUUACCAGGGCAUACGGGACCCCAGGAAAUGUUAUUUUUGCUUAAGUCAAAUCAUAUGUGGCUGCUAAGGUGCUUUCGAUGCAGUUGUUUUUCCAACAGUCUUUGCCGCCCCGAGUAUCUGAAUAAAGGAAGAAAAAUAAAGAUUGAUGGGAAAGUUUUUGCCAUUCUUUUGUCCUAUAGGGAAAAAAAUUGCACAACACGAGAGCGGAGGAAUAAAAUUUUGAAUAAUUCGUACUCAUUUAUGUGGAAACAACUUUCUUGAAAAACGAUUUAAGUAGUGAUCUGUUGGUAUUUUUUUAAAUCGAGGAAUAAGGGCAGACGUUUUUUAUUUUCUUAUUGGAGGACAACUUAGUGUGGUGCAUAUUUAUUGUGCAUUUGCCUGUCAUGGUAUGUCGAUUUUUCAUUUGUGAAGUUUUAAGGCGGAGUUUCAUCCCCUAACGUACUUUUUUGAUUGCACACUGUACAACUUUCUUGAUAAACUCGGAGCCUACUGUUAGCGAUGCACCGUGCUAGAUGCUAAGAAACAUUAAAAAGGUUCUUGUAAUGCAGACGGUGGCUGCAAGAAGUCUCAUGUUUAGAGGUAGGUGGGGCAAGGUGAAAUGCAGUAAAGUGAGAGGUACAACUAAUUACUGGGAUUUCCGAGGGAAGCAAGGUUGCCAUUGGAGGAUCAGGGAGGGACGGGUUCCUGAAGUAUUAAUAGGUGGCAUUUUGAGAAGGUUACCGAGGGAUGGGUAGGACUUUGUUAGGUAGAGGUGGAGGUGGAGAAAGGACGUUUCAAGGGUGAAGCUUCUUCAGUAAACAGUAAGUAUUUACAGGUUGGCAAAAAUGGAUGGUAUAGGUAGGGGAGUGGUGGGAAUUCAGGCUAGAAAAGUUAGAUUGCAGAAGAGCUUGCUUGCCAGGUGGAGGGGCUUAUACUCAAUGGGGUAGGCAGCGGGGGUGCCCUCAACUAGAAGAGUGAUGGCACACCUGAGCUGCACCUUGUUAUUUACUUAUUUUUUAUUUUGAGACAGGUUCUUGCUAUAUUGCCCCAGGCUGGUCUCGAACUCCUGGGCUCAAGCCGUUCUCCCGCCUCCCUCUGCCCGCCUCUCACUGCCGUCUGUUCCCUGAGCUGUGCUUUACGGUACUUAGUAGUUCCAUUGGACUAGGAAAAGUUUCAAAGUUGAAAAAUAAUGAGAGUAGUAAGUUGAUCAGUGUUUUCAUUAUCAGAACGAUUACAAGAAUGUUCAGAAGUUAAGCAAAUUUUGCUACUUUUGGAACGAUGCGUCUCUAUUAAGACAGCUGCUCCUUUUUUCUAUCCUGAUUUCUCAUCCGAAAUAAUCUUUUGCUCAGAGUUGUCAGAAUUUCUAUGGUACACAAAUAGGGAGGGGUUUCUAACGUUUCAUUUACCAUGGUUGAAAAGUACAGGACUAGUGCUGUGGGUUAUUUGACGAAAAUGAGAAAUGAGUAUUCCCGUGGUAAUUUUUUUUUUUUUUUUUUUGAGACUGAAUCUCACUCUGUUGCCCAGGCUGGAGUGCAGUGGUGUGAUCUUGGCUCAUUGCAACCUCUGCCUCCCGGGUUCAAGUGAUUCUCCUGCCUCAGCCUCCCGAGUAGCUGGGAUUACAGGACCCUGCCACCAUGCCUGGUUAAUUUUUGUAUUUUUAGUAGAGACAGGGUUUCAUGUUGGCCAGGCUGGUCUCGAACUCCUGAACUCAAGUGAUCUGCCUGCCUUGACCUCCCAAAGUGCUGGGAUUACAGGCAGGAACCACCGUGCCCUGCCUGUUUCCUAGAAUUUUAUGAUGGAAACCUUUAGGUGGCAUAGAUACCCAUUUUCAGUUUUUCCGUUUUUCUAGACUGUAACAGGUCAUGAGCAGCGGUGCUCCAUGAAAGGGCUGGAGGGAAUGAGAGUCUCAUGUUUAUCAUAAAGGGCUGUGGUUUAGAAAAGUUCGAGAAAUAGUGCAUUGCAUGAGGCUGACUAGAAGCAAGUUGAGAAGGCGGGCUGUGGUUGUUGAGGUGUUAAGGGUAAACAUAAACUUAGAAGAACCAGGUGCUUUUAUAUUUUGACAGCUGGGAAAGACAUAGAAGAACUAUUAAGAAGAUAGAAUUGUUUUGCUGCGCAGUACAGCAACAGUGGAUGUUCAAGAUUAAGAUUAGAGUCAAGUUGUGUGAUUAAGACAGACAGUCUUCCUCUGUCGUCCAGGCUGGAAUGCAGUGCAGUGGUGCAAAUUUGGCUCACUGCAGCCUCUGCCUUCUGUGUUCAAGUGAUUCUUCUUCUGCCUCAGCCUCCCGAGUAGCUGGGAUUACAGGAGCUGUGACUGAUGAGAAUUAAAGGCCAUGGAUGAAGAUGGGCUUGAAUUACAACAAGAGCCAAACUCAUUUUUUGAUGCAACAGGAGCUGAUGGUACACACAUGGAUGGUGAUCAAAUUGUUGUGGAAGUACAAGAAACUGUUUUUGUUUCAGAUGUUGUGGAUUCAGACAUAACUGUGCAUAACUUUGUUCCUGAUGACCCAGAUUCAGUUGUAAUCCAAGAUGUUAUUGAGGACGUUGUUAUAGAAGAUGUUCAGUGCCCAGAUAUCAUGGAAGAAGCAGAUGUGUCUGAAACGGUCAUCAUUCCUGAGCAAGUGCUGGACUCAGAUGUAACUGAAGAAGUUUCUUUAGCACAUUGCACAGUCCCAGAUGAUGUUUUAGCUUCUGACAUUACUUCAGCCUCAAUGUCUAUGCCAGAACACGUCUUGACGGGUGAUUCUAUACAUGUGUCUGACGUUGGACAUGUUGGACAUGUUGAACAUGUGGUUCAUGAUAGUGUAGUGGAAGCAGAAAUUGUCACUGAUCCUCUGACUACCGACGUAGUUUCAGAAGAAGUAUUGGUAGCAGACUGUGCCUCUGAAGCAGUCAUAGAUGCCAAUGGGAUCCCUGUGGACCAGCAGGAUGAUGACAAAGGCAACUGUGAGGACUACCUUAUGAUUUCCUUGGAUGAUGCUGGCAAAAUAGAACACGACGGUUCUUCUGGAAUGACCAUGGACACAGAGUCGGAAAUUGAUGCUUGUAAAGUGGAUGGCACUUGCCCUGAGGUCAUCAAGGUGUACAUUUUUAAAGCUGACCCUGGAGAAGAUGACUUAGGUGGAACUGUAGACAUUGUGGAGAGUGAGCCUGAGAAUGAUCAUGGAGUUGAACUGCUUGAUCAGAACAGCAGUAUUCGUGUUCCCAGGGAAAAGAUGGUUUAUAUGACUGUCAAUGACUCUCAGCCAGAAGAUGAAGAUUUAAAUGUUGCUGAAAUCGCUGACGAAGUUUAUAUGGAAGUGAUCGUAGGAGAGGAGGAUGCUGCAGCAGCAGCGGCAGCCGCCGCCGUGCACGAGCAGCAAAUGGAUGACAAUGAAAUCAAAACCUUCAUGCCGAUUGCAUGGGCAGCAGCUUAUGGUAAUAAUUCUGAUGGAAUUGAAAACCGGAAUGGCACUGCAAGUGCCCUCUUGCACAUAGAUGAGUCUGCUGGCCUCGGCAGACUGGCUAAACAAAAACCAAAGAAAAGGAGAAGACCUGAUUCCAGGCAGUACCAAACAGCAAUAAUUAUUGGCCCUGAUGGACAUCCUUUGACUGUCUAUCCUUGCAUGAUUUGUGGGAAGAAGUUUAAGUCGAGAGGUUUUUUGAAAAGGCACAUGAAAAACCAUCCCGAACACCUUGCCAAGAAGAAAUACCGCUGUACUGACUGUGAUUACACUACCAACAAGAAGAUAAGUUUACACAACCACCUGGAGAGCCACAAGCUGACCAGCAAGGCAGAGAAGGCCAUUGAAUGCGAUGAGUGUGGGAAGCAUUUCUCUCAUGCAGGGGCUUUGUUUACUCACAAAAUGGUGCAUAAGGAAAAAGGAGCCAACAAAAUGCACAAGUGUAAAUUCUGUGAAUACGAGACAGCUGAACAAGGGUUAUUGAAUCGCCACCUCUUGGCGGUCCACAGCAAGAACUUUCCUCAUAUUUGUGUGGAGUGUGGUAAGGGUUUUCGUCACCCGUCAGAGCUCAAAAAGCACAUGAGAAUCCAUACUGGGGAGAAGCCGUACCAAUGCCAGUACUGCGAAUAUAGGUCUGCAGACUCUUCUAACUUGAAAACGCAUGUCAAAACUAAGCAUAGUAAAGAGAUGCCAUUCAAGUGUGACAUUUGUCUUCUGACUUUCUCGGAUACCAAAGAGGUGCAGCAACAUGCUCUUAUCCACCAAGAAAGCAAAACACACCAGUGUUUGCAUUGCGACCACAAGAGUUCGAACUCAAGUGAUUUGAAACGACACAUAAUUUCAGUUCACACGAAAGACUACCCCCAUAAGUGUGACAUGUGUGAUAAAGGCUUUCACAGGCCUUCAGAACUCAAGAAACACGUGGCUGCCCACAAGGGCAAAAAAAUGCACCAGUGUAGACAUUGUGACUUUAAGAUUGCAGAUCCAUUUGUUCUAAGUCGCCAUAUUCUCUCAGUUCACACAAAGGAUCUUCCAUUUAGGUGCAAGAGAUGUAGAAAGGGAUUUAGGCAACAGAGUGAGCUUAAAAAGCAUAUGAAGACACACAGUGGCAGGAAAGUGUAUCAGUGUGAGUACUGUGAGUAUAGCACUACAGAUGCCUCAGGCUUUAAACGGCACGUUAUUUCCAUUCACACGAAAGACUAUCCUCACCGGUGUGAGUACUGCAAGAAAGGCUUCCGAAGACCUUCAGAAAAGAACCAGCACAUAAUGCGACAUCAUAAAGAAGUUGGCCUGCCCUAACAAUACUUCUACAGAACGUUUGUAGAGAUAUUGGCCUUGAAGCAGAAAAUUCAUUUUAAAGCCAAUCAGUCUCGUUCACAUACAAUACUGUAUAUUGAUUUAUGCUGUGUACAAAUAGAAUUAUUACUUCUAGUUGACUUUUUUUAAUAUACAUUUUGUUCAGUAGUGUGUUCUGAAUUCUAUUCAGUUUGUUUAAUAAAUAGGGAAAACUGGCAACAUGCUAGUUACUUUUAAUAAAGUAAUCCCUGAUUCUAUACCGAAGUUUUAUAUCUUAGAAUUUUAUAUUUAUUUAAAUAUUUACCUUGCUUACCUUGAUGGUACUCUUCUAAGACCAUUAACUUAAGGUAACUUUAUAUUGGUAACUCUGAAAGUAUUCAUGUUGACUCAUUUUUUUUCCCCAUACAUUUCUCACAAUAAAAUUGUCAGAGACAUCUACUAAUAUAAAUGGGAGAUUUUACAGUCAGGUCUAAUUAUCAUAACAUGGAAGUCAUUUACUUGCCUUGCUUAAUAUUUUCAGACCACUUGACAGUGAAAGUUUCCAUUUGAGCUGUUGCGUCCCUGGCUUUGCUGAGUAAAGAGCAGUGGCUGGGUUCGUGUUUACUUUUCAAAUAUACUUCUUUUGGCUUUCUUUGGAUUAUUUACAUCUUUUGUCAGCAUAGCAAACUUUUAGAAAACCUUAUUGAAAAAUUGUGCUUGCUCAUGUUGUAUUUUGAUUAUUCUGUCUGUGCGGCUUCAUCUUGGAAUGGUUGUGUGCUACAAAUGACACUUACUGAGGACUGCAUUUUGGAAUCUCCUAGAGGUAACUCAUGGCUUAUAGGAUCUUUUGCAACUUUAUGUAUGUAAAUGUACCCUGAAUUAUAUAUAUACACAUAUAUAUCGUGUACCUGUGUGUAUUGCUUAUUUUACAUAUUUAUACACACAACCCCAAGUAGUAGUUGUUUAAAAUCUAUAAUGAAAAGUAUUAAAUUUACAAUAACAUGAGAGAUCCAGGGAUGCAUGAGAGAGCAUUUUGUAAGUCAUGCUCUUCAGAGAGACUACUCAGGUGAAGAAUUAGAAGGAAAAUAAGGACACUAGUAUUUUUAAAGAGUAAAGAUAUUUUCUUUUAAAUAUCUUUGGUAAUUGAAACAUAGAGGUUAAGAUGUUUCUAGGUAGAAUGUUUUCAUACGAUUUCAGCUCCAUGUCUUUAUAUUUUUCUGAAAAGCAAAUGAGUAUCCAGACAUGACUCCCACAGUUCUCUUUGAGAAGUCUGAGAGGGAACUCUGUCUUACCUAGUGAGGGGGAUGGAAAAGAAGUGAUGGCUCUGUGGACCAGAGAACGGGUGCUAAUUAUGACUUCACACUCGGCAAGUUCAGGCUGAUCUGUUAUUUCUCAGUUACAGUUAGCAAACUUUAAAAACUUAACACUCAAGUUGGCUUUGAUUAAAAGGUAAAGAUGUGUUUUAAGUGGAUAAGGAAAGUCUGAGGCCUUAUUUGGAACAUCACUAAGUCUUCCACAGGUUUUUUGUUUUUUUUUGUUGUUUUUUUUUUUCUUAAGACGGAGUCUUGCUCUGUUGCCCAGACUGGACUGCAGUGGUGUGAUCACUGCAACCUCUGCAGCUCACUGCGACCUCUGCUUCCUGGGUUCAAGCAAUUAUCUGCCUCAGCCUCUCGAGUAGCUGGGAUUACAGGCGCCCACCACCACGCCCGGCUAAUUUUUUGUAUUUUUAAUAGAGAUGGGGUUUCACCAUCUUGGCCAGGCUGGUCUUGAACCCUGACCUCGUGAUCCACCUGCCUCGGCCUUCCAUAGUGCUGGGUUUACAGGCGUGAGCCACCGCGCCCAGACACCACAUAGGUCUGAAUCAGUGUCAUACAUUCAUAAAACAAACUCGGUUAAUUAGAACUUGGUUAUGUUAAGACGAAUCUUGGAGAACAGAAAACAGUUUUUGGGGUCCCUUCAGUUGGCUAUUGGUCCGUAUGCAUCUAGCACAUUGUAGGAGAUUUAGAAAUUGUCUUCCCACCCGAUAGCUGCCUUGUCACCUCAUUAUGGUGCUCCAUCCCCUGUGUGCUUAGGUUUUUACCUUUCAUCUUUCUCUUUGCCAUGAUGUUUGUAUUCAAGAGUUAUAUUUUUAGGGUUAGAAAUCAAAAUAUUUGGUGUUUGGCAAACCUCUGAAGUGCUAGACUGAUUUAGUCUAGUUUUAAACCAAGUGCUUUAGGCAGGUGUGAACUCCAGCCCAAAUGCCAGUCAAAGUCAAGGCAUGGGUUUUCCUAGCCUAUCUUAUAGGAAAUUCCUGUACCUUCUUGGCCCCCAUAAUGUGUUUUUUUUUUUUUUUUUUUUUUUUUUAAAAAAAAACUAACUUACAAUUUUGUGAUCCGUGAUUCAUUGCCCUGCGAUUCUUGAAAGCUCUGUCUGUUUUUUUGUGAGAACCUUUAAAAUCUCCCUUAAUUUUUAUUUUCCCAGAAAUAAUGUAAAAACACUUAAAUGAAAGUGGAAAUGUAUUAAUUUUAAAUCCUAUAAAAUACAGAAAAUAUAAAUGAUUGGGUCAUUUAACUAUAUUUUUUUAAAUAAACUGAAAGAUAAAGAACACAACACUUCACACAUUUUAUAUUUCUCUUACAUACUCUGGAAUCAUACACAGUUCUUUUCUUUUUAAAGCACAACAUUAAAACCUUUAAAAGGUAUUUAAGGGUUUGGUCAAGUGAAUAUGAUAAAACAUACUUGUCUGUAUAAAGAGAAAAUGAAAUUGUAGUCACUGUUAUGUACUGACAUUAGUUACAACCUAGUUUUAAUUCUUAAAACAAUUUUGAUUAGCAAAGCUAAAAAAAAUGGAUGUUUCAGUUAAAUGUUUUAAAGAGGUACAGAUUUUUACAAGGACAUAAUAUAAGUUAUUGUUCUGUAGAAAUAUCCUAUUAAAUAUUGUAUGUCCCUCCCUCUGUACACUUUGUAAAGAAAGUAAAAUACAUAAAAAGAAAAUCAUAUAGGGAUGUGUGACAUUAUUGUAAUUGUGUACUUGAGAAUAACGUGCAAAAAUAAAAAUCAGAAUAUUUUCCUGUUAUUGAAUGUUUAGUCUAUUUGAUACCAGUACUAAGUUAAUGCUUUUUCUCAAGGAAAAAAAAUGUACAGUUUUUGUAAACCUAAUAAACAUCAAAAGCAGUGGAUUA